AUGGCAACUAGAUGCUUAGGCUUUGCAACAUUAAUGCUUAUUGCAAGCAUCUUAAUAUUAGGAAUUUCUGCUCAAUCUGAAUGUGGUGGUGACUAUAGUGGCAUUAAUAAAGAAUGUAGAAGUUACAUUUCAAAAUUUGGGCCAAAAAUUCCACCAUCAGAAGCUUGUUGUGCUGCAUUGAAAGGUGUUGAUGUUUCAUGUUAUUGCAAAUAUGUUACUCCUAUUGUUGAACUUAUAAUCAGCAUGGAAAAAGUUAUUUAUGUUGCACAAACUUGUCAAGUGCCAAAUAUUCCUACGGAUAAGUGUGGAAGUUAUGAAAUUCCUCAUUCCCCUCCUCAAAAGGCUUGA